ACAUAAGUCAAAGAAGCAAUACCCACCACCUUAAAAAAAUCAGACCUGGAAACACCUAUGAAUAUACGAUUAUCGACAUAACCACCACCUCAUAGACCAUAGAAACCCCGAUAUUAACGAAUGACCAGCUGAUGGCCGAAAUCCCUGGCUAAUUGUUCACUUCGGUGCGUGACCCACAAUAGUUUUGUUUGACUUAGGGCCUAAUGAGAUGCAAACAGAGGCCUGAAUUGGGACCGAAAUUCGCCACGAGGAUUGGAUAGUACCGGCAGUAUUCUUCCCGGCUCUCGACAGACGGACAUGAACGUGACUAGCCUGCUGCAGUUCGAGUCGAUGAAGUACAUUGGCGCCCAGACGCAGGCGGCGGCCAUAAAUCAGCACGUGGCCCAGGCCCUUCGGUUCUUCAUCGAGGACUUCUACCAGCGGAUCGCCCCCGCCUUUAUAGUGGUCCUCUCCUGCCGGCGACCCAGUCCCAUGAACUUCUACCGCACCAUCAUGCAGCUGCUCUACGAGAGCGUGGACACCAUGGUCAUCCAGCUGGUCCUGGUCGAACUGGGUAAUCCGCGGCGGAUCGAGGGACCCAGGACGCACAAUCUGCUGCUGGUGGACUCGCUAGAUGCGCUGCUGGACAUUGAGAUCCACACAUAUACGGCGCAAUCGGACGCCAGUGAGUACUACUUCAUCUUCCUGCAGCAGAGGGACGCACUGAUUCCGCAGGACAUGCAGGGUGUUUUCGCCUACUGCUGGCGCCACCAGCUGAUCAACUGCAACGUGAUGACGCAGAGUUCCGGUGGUCAGGUGCUGCUCCACACGUACUUCCCCUACGCAGCACCUGGCCAGUGCAACGUCUCCCAGCCCACCAAGAUCAAUCAGUUCCUGGGCGAAUCGUGGCAGCAUCGCGAUUACUUUCCCUCCAAGUUGCACAAUCUCAACGGGUGUCCCUUGGUGGUUUUGGCCAGGAGAGUGUCGCCCUUCUUCGAACUGGAUGAGGGGCAACGGGAGCUCCUCGGAUUGGAGGGACGACUGCUCCAGGAAUUAUCGCGCCGGAUGAACUUUAGCAUUCAGUUCGCGGGGCUGCAGGAUCAGCAGAGGAAUCGAACCACUUGGACGGAGAAACAACUGCUACAGAAGUUGGUCCAGGGACGUAUAGCCCACCUGGCAAUUGGAUAUGUGAGGAAGCGCAUCCAGUAUUCGUCGAACCUGACUCCCGUUUUCCCCCACUACUCGAACCGCCUGGUGGGAUGUCUGCUGCUCAACGCCCACAACCUGACCAGCCUGGAGAUCUGGUCGUUUCCCUUCCAGGCACUCACCUGGAUCUGCCUGUUACUCUUCGCCAGCUGGCUGUAUUUUGGCCUGGUCGUAAGGUCCAUGUACUCAGCCCUGCUGUUCUUCAUCCUGCGAUAUCAUCUGCAUCAACGAUUGCCGGAAAGUCUGCAGGAUCUGACCAAUGGUGGCUAUGCGGCGGUGAUGAGCCGCUCCACGUGGCAGGAUAUUAGGGAGGUGCCCAGUCUGCAGGAGCUGCUGGGUCUCAGAUCCCUGAUUCUGUCCUCAGAGCGGGAGGAGGAGGUGUUGCGCCAGCUUGAUCGGUGCUCGUUGCGCGAAGGAGCCGGCUCACAUCCCCUGUAUUUUGGCGUGCUCUCCCAGGAUGCAUUGCUUCAUCUCACCCAGCGGGGUCAUCGGGCCGGAUCGUAUCACAUUAUACCCCAGCAUGUUCUGGAACAACAACUGGCCAUUUACCUGCAGAAGCACUCGCAUCUGGUGGGUCACCUGGACCAGCUGGUCAUGUCCAUUCGAUCUGUGGGUCUGCUGCACCACUGGGCGGGUCAGGUGGCCAGCGAGCGGUACUUCCGCAGCCGGUUUCUCUACCGGGAGAAGCGAAUCCAACAGCCGGAUCUCUGGGCGGUCUACAUCCUGGCCGUGGCACUCUAUUUCCUAUCGCUGGUCGUCUUUAUCGGCGAACUCCUGGCCGCCCGACGAGCUGCAAAUGCUGCGGGGUGACCAAAAUAUAUCAUCUUUCCUAUAAAUAUAGCUAUUUAAAAAAGCUUGCUAAUAAGUUCUGGUAAAAUACCAUAGAAAAACGGGAAUUAUCAUUGGGUAGUUGACUUUAUAAGCAAUUUUUAAGGGAAACGGAACCAAAGAAAAUAUUGUUGGAUUCCUAGGAAACAAAAAAUAGUUACAAAUAAUAUUUAAUAGAAGUUUUUUGAAGCCAUUACGAUUUAAAAUCCAUUAUUAUUUAAUGUUUCAUUAUAGUUUAUUUACCCAGUGAAUUGGUUUUAUAAAAAUGUGUAAAGGUACAGAACCAAAAAAACGGGUUUGCUUUAUUGAAAGUUGUUCCUAAAAAAAAACACAAAAUA